UAUAAAAUCCUCCGUCUCUGUCGCCAAUGGAGGGUUUCACAGAUCGAUCUUCACUCCGAUCAUCAAUGGAUUCCGAUUUCCCUCCCCUUUUCCGGUGCCCUAUUUCCAUGGAGCUCAUGGAGGAUCCCGUCACCGUCUCCACCGGCGUCACCUACGAGAGAAAAAGCAUCGAAAAAUGGCUCUUCACUUACAACAAGAAAACCUGCCCGGCGACCAUGCAGACUCUCGCCGCCGGCGACUGCGUCGGCGAUCUCGUCAUCACUCCUAAUCUCACCCUCAAACGCCUCAUUCUCGCUUGGAAGAUCGGAGAUUCGUCGCCGGCGCUCAACGAAGUUCGUCUGCUACUUGAGACCGUUGAGUCUUCUCCGUUCAAGGUGAGUUCGUUGAGGAAACUGAAAUCGAUGAUCGGUACGAGCGAUGAGGCAAAAUCGGAAUUCAUCCGAUCGAACGGGAUCGGAAUUGCAGUGAACGUCGUCGUUCAGAUUCUCGUCGAUUGCUCUGAUUUUUCGACGUUCGAAGCAUGUGAGGAGGCCAUGGGAGUGUUGAGCCAGCUCUCAGUUUCCGAUGAAGACAAACUGUUCGACGAAAUGUCGAAGAGAGAAUUUACGAAAUCGAUAGCCAUUGUUCUUCAAAGAGGAACCGCAGAAGGGCGAUUUUACGCCGUCAAGAUCCUCCGAAACGUAGCGUUUAACACCAAUUACAAUUGGAAUUCUGUUCUGGAAGAACAGGGGAUCGAUUUCUUCAAGCCAUUAUUGGAGCUGGUAUCCGACGAAUUUGCGACAAAAGCAAGUUCGUGCGCAUUAGAUGUGAUGAUAGAGAUUCUAAGGUCAUCGAAGAGGAGCCGAGUGAAGGCGAUCGAGGCCGGCGCCGUGUGGGUUCUGAUCGAGCUGUUGCCGGAGUCCGGCCGGUCGAAGUGCGAGAGAAUGCUGCAGAUUCUGCAGAUUCUGUGCGAGUGCGCGGAGGGGAGGGCGGCAAUGGUGGAGCACGGGAUGGGAAUCGCGGCGGUGACGAAGAAGAUUUUGAAUGUCUCUAAUGGGGCAACCAAAUUGGGGGUGAAGAUUUUGCUGUGGAUUUGUAGUUUUCACCCCAAGGAGAGGGUGGUGGAGGAGAUGGUGGCUUGUGGGGCGGUGAAGAAGUUGCUGAUGAUACUGCAUAUGGACGGCGGCGGCGGCGGUGGUGGUGGUGGCCGGAGUUCGACGAAGGAGAAGGUGAUAAAGAUCUUGAAGAUUCAUGGUGGCAAAUGGAGGAGGAGCCCCUGUUUUCCUUGUGAGUUGAAGGAUUAUUUGAAGUUUGUGAAUGAUGAUUGAUUAAAUAUUAUUUUUUCUAAGUAAAAGAAGUCAAUAUAUACAAUAGAGGGAAAAAUAAAGGGUUUAUUUUUGCACAUUUUUGCUCAAUUUUAAUUGGGUUUUGAAAUAUAUGGUAAUUCAAAAGGGUGGUUUGUUAUAUAGGAUGAAGGAUGGUUAAUUUUUGUUUUUGGGUUUUGAGUUUUAUUUUUAUAUAUGUUUUAAGGUUAGCUUUACAAUCAUUGAAGU